ACCAGCAGCAUCUUUUCCAUCCCCAUUCAUUCAAGGAUCUCAUGCUUCGACGAGUGUUAUCGCCACCUUUCAAGCUUUUGUGAACGCUGCAUUUAAGGACCAAAUCUCACCCCUGGAGGCUUACUUGAAGAAGGAUUACACAGAUUCAUCAGGGCUAAACCAUUUAUGACUACAGCUGCACCAUGAAGGUACUUUUACUACUCACCCUGCUGACGUUAUGUCACACGAAACCAUACAUGCCUAUCAAUGUCAUGGAUUUCAUCAAGCAUCAUGACAUCAUGCAACAAGAUGCGGGUGACUAUGAUGAUGACGACGAUGACCAUUACGACAAUUAUGAUGAUAACUUUGUUUCGGACUGUCCCGAAGGGUGUCGGUGCUCAAAGAAAGUUCUGCAGUGUUCAGAUCAGGGUCUGACCAAGGUGCCAAAGGACAUUCCUGCAAACACGUUGCUCGUCGAUCUCCAAAACAAUGACAUCACAGAAAUCAAGGAAGACGAUUUUAAAGGCUUGGAUAAUCUCUAUGCCCUGUUUCUGCUCAAUAACCAGAUAUCAAAAAUCCACCCAAAGGCCUUUCGCAACAUGAACAAACUCAAGAUUCUCCACCUGUCAUACAACCUGCUGACACAAAUGCCUGAGAACCUUCCCACGAGCAUUCAGUCACUGCGACUGCACGACAACAAGAUCAGCAGACUUCCAAAAGGAGCAUUUAGAGGAAUGCAAGACCUAAAUGUUUUAGAACUGAGUGCAAAUCCAAUUGCAAACAGCGGGAUUGAACCAGGGGCUUUUGACGACAUGGCGACUCUCUACUUGAGAAUAGCUGAAGCAAGGCUUACAGCUAUCCCUAAAGAUCUGCCAUCUUCCCUCACUGAACUUCACUUGGACUAUAACAAGAUUGCCAAAGUGGAGUCAGAGGAUUUUUUAAGAUUAAAAAGUCUACAAAGGCUGUGGCUUGACUUCAAUCAAAUCAAGUACGUGGAAAACGGAAGUUUCGCUGCUAUUACCAAAGUCAGAGAAAUUCAUCUGGAUAACAAUAAACUGAAGAAAGUUCCUCCAGGCUUGAACAACCUGAAAUAUUUGCAGGUGGUGUACUUACAUGCCAACAGCAUCACUUACAUUGGAGUAAAUGACUUUUGCCCUUCUAGAACCCGGGCUAAGAAAGCCCUUUACACUAGGAUCAGUUUAUAUGCAAAUCCAGUGAAAUACUGGGAGAUUCAGCCACCCACUUUUCGGUGCGCUUCCAGCCAUAAUUCGGUGCAACUGGGUAACCACAGAAAGUGAGUGAAACGGUACCGGCGUGCACCAUCUUGCCACUGGAGGGCAGCAUUAUAACUAGUCAUGAACUUCAUCCUAAUGUAAUAAAUGAUCAUUUCAUGUCCUCUUGGUGAUGUACAGAACUUAAUUUAUCCAAAAUCCACGAGUAUCCACAGUGGCUACAGAUUCGUUACUUGAAUUUGGUGAGGAUUUCGAAGACUUUGAAUUCCAGUAAAGACAGAAUCAACUACACUGUGUGUAAUAGUUACAUAGGUUUUCAUUAUUAAUGUUUAUAUUGAAAUCUUUUCGACAUUAUAAAGACAGAAGAGGGGUUUUAAUUGCAUAUUUUCAGAUCAGGUGCUAAAUAAAUUUGUACCCAUGUAUUAAAGGUCUCUAAAUAAUUUUUGCUUAUAAG